GGCAGCACAGGGAACAAACUUUUCUCUCUUGGCUGGACUUUUUCAGAUUUGAUCAAAGACCUCAGUGUUGACAGAGCAGAGACAAGGGAUGAUAAUUUGUUUACUUUCCUUGCUAAUUGGUUAUUUCUCUGUUUUUCGAUCAACAGAUAAUUUGUUUGGUUGUUCUUUGCAUUUUUAUCUGAUUAUGGCUUCACAGCCUGAGCUUUGAAGAAGGCGUGACCACACAUCUGAAAUCUGUCCAAACUUAGCUGCAGCUCUCUCCAGCUCAGGGGAGUGUGAAGCCGGACUGAAACACAUUUACACACACACACACACACACACACACAUACACACACACACACACAUACACACACACACACACACCUGUUGUUGCUGAGGAUUCCCCGGGAGCGCAGUCAUGGGCAUCUGCGUCACUGUUGCUUGAGGGAAUCUGCGCGUCUGUGCAGCUGUUAUCUGGUUCUGGCCUCAGUGAAUGUUACAGUAGAAGCUGACCUGCCUGUUCAGGGUAGAGGAGGGAGAUGUCAUCCUACUACCCGCGCACCAAGGACCUGACUCGCACCAGAAAGUCACUGACAGAUUCACCACCGUCCUCUCCGUCCCCUACAGACAAAAACUACAGACAUGACAGACUGUCAAGGUAUGACUCCAGCGGAGAGAGUGCAACAGACAAACCACUCGGCCGCACCAGCUCUUAUACGCGGAGAGAGACGAGACUGGCCGCUAUGAACAGACAAGAACAAGACUCCAGUACCAAAGACUAUAAGAAGAUGUAUGCGGAAGCUUUGCAUGAGAAUGAGAGGCUCAAGUCCAGGUUGCAGGACAGCAAACAAGAACUGGUCAAGAUACGCUCCCAGCUGGAGAAAGUCACUCAGAGGCACGACAGGAUAUCGGAGAGGUCUACAGUACUUGAAUCUGAGAAAAGGGAAAAACAAGCUCUUGAGAAAAGAGUGUCAGACAUGGAGGAGGAAUUAAAGCAGGACGCCCCACUGCGGUUCCGCUGUGGGUACCAGCCCUGAGGGCAGGCUGUCUCAGGGGAGGGGGGAUGAUCUUAACAGAGCUCAAGUCAGACAACCAGAGGCUAAAGGAUGAGAACGGGGCGCUCAUUCGAGUCAUCAGCAAACUGUCCAAAUGAAAAGAUAUCUGAAGCGCCUGCUCUGUGUCUACGGACGCUCCAACCCUGAAAUGGCAGUUUAAUUAUCCAUGAUAUCCCAAGUUGUGACUGCUUUCUGAGUAAAGGCGAAGGGGCUGUUUCGGCUGCGUCGCAGAAAUAAAUUCCCUCUGGGACUGGUGAAGAUCUAAAGAGAAGUGCUAAGAAGUUUCAGACACAUGUCACAGUGUAUGACCGAAUUACAGUAAUUGUUUCUACUUGAUUAGUUACUGUUAUUUUGUAAUAUACAGUAUUUCACAUUAACCAAAUAGGGACCAGUUGUACUGUUUGAAUUACAUUUCAAGACCCAGUUCAAACAAAUCCAGGGGUUUGCAUGAAGAUACUGCUUCUAAUAUGAUACCUACACAUCACAUUGACACAUCACAUUUGUUGCUACAUCGUGCACUGCAGAAAUGUAUUUUUAAUGUUGUCUUAUUUAUGAAAGAAGAGAAAAGCCAAUUAUAUAAUUGAUUUUUUUUAAACUACUGAAAUAAUCAUAAUAUAUCUGGGUUAAACAUGGGGAAAGUGUGGCUGGAGCAUCACAGGUCCCCCAGAGGCCAGUUUGGAAAGGAGAUGGAUUUGAAAAAACUUUAUUUCAAUCAGAAUAAAUGACAUAAACGGGUAAACUGAAGCCUUGCAAGCAACAAACUAACAAAGGAGUUCCAGAGAGAAUUAAGAGAGUCUCCCAUUAAGUGUCAGAGUGACAGCAACCAGCAGAGAAGUUUUGCAAGAUGCCAUUUUUCCAGGCAACAGAUCAAAACUCUGUACUAUAUUGAACUGCAUUACAACAACAACAAACAGGUUAGAUAGUUUUUGUCACAUGUCAAAUCUGUAUCAUUUUAAAAAUUAAUUUAUGCUUUUUUAAAUUGAAAUUUUCAUUUUUGUUUACCCAACACAUGAUAAUGUCCCAACUAUAUUUGGCAUUUGAAAGGCCCAGUACUGGGUACAUGCACUUUGUACAGAAAAGACAGUGUUGAUCUUUAAUCAUUUGGGCAUCACUAGCAGCACUGUGUUACCUUUAGAAUGGUACAGUUUCCAUAAACAUAACUGAAUGUUUUCCAGAUUCUGUUCUGCAGUUUGUUUUUUUGUGUGUGUGGUUUCAGUAGCUGUGCUUCAGUUUUUGUUUUGCAUGUCCUUCACAGAGGAUUUUCAUUUUUUAAUCCAGCAGCACAUCUUUAAAACAGCAGAAUGGCUACACAGAGGAAACAGUCUGAGUCAGUCUGAGUGUGUGGGAAAGACAAUGUACAAUGUUAUGUUUUGUAAUAGAGAUAUAUUUAUUUAUUUAUGCAAUUCUUAGUUUGAAUAUUUCUCUGUUGUUUACUCAGUUUUCUUUUUGAAAUAAUACACCACUUAUUUUGGUUGACCUGUUGGCCGUCUUUGUGUUGGCUGAUGAAAACGCAGAUGCCAAAAUCAUCCACUGCUGACAUUUUAACCUCCACAGUAUUGUCUGAUCUUAAAUAUUAAGCUCAAUCCACAGUUUUAGGAACAAACUUUUCGUUUAUGUGGUGUAGUGGUAUACUUACAAUUUAACAUAACUGUGUUGUGCUCAUGAUAUUGUGACACAAAAACUAAGUUAAAUAAUUGACUAGUUGAUACACUGAGUUGCCAGUUCCUUACCUAACUACAUAUAACAGAAUCCAGUACAACAGCCCUGCUUUAAUAACAAUUUUUAUGAAGCUUAGCAGCUUUUGUUCCACAAAAUAUCUGAAACAUUAAAAAUGUUCAUCAAUAAGCAAAUUUGAGAAUCUGGAAUAAAAAUUAAACCAUGAAAGAGCCCACUGUUCUAUAGCAGUGCCUCAUGGAGCAAACCCACUGCACCAUCACCUGCACUAUAUUAUAAGGGUUUAGAGGGAAGGCAGAUAAAGUGUGUUUCUUAUGCAUCAUUUCAUAUUUCAUGUGUCAGACUCAUAUCACUUGGUAUUUAAAAUUCUUUUAUCUGUAGAAUUACUAUAAAUGGUGUGCUGGAGACGUGAAUGAUUCUGGCAUCUGUCUUCUCUUCGCUUAAUGGGUGAGUUGCCAGUGUUUGAUGUAUUCCUUUAACAAUGUCAUGGUUUUGGAGUCCAAACAGAGCAGCAUGCUGUAACACCAGUGUCAUCUUUGGUCACAUCCAGUAAACUGAUUUGCUCAAAAUUAAAGAUACAGCUACUUCUACAUGUGCUGUAGAUAAACUGAACUCUUUAGAGUACUGUACUGAAAAGUCUGAAAUGUGUUGAUGAUAGCUUAAUAUGCACACAUUGGUUUACUCACUUUGCUUAAUAAACUGUAAAGG